CAUUUUUUAGAUUUAAAGAUAAUUUAUUUGGUUUAAGAAAAUAUUAUAAUGAAAAGAACUAAAAUUAAAAGUUUAACUAAAAAUAUUGUUAAAUAAAAAAAUUCAAAGUCUAAAAUCUUGAUAAUAAUAUUUUAGUUUAUUGAAUAUAUCAUUGUAAAGAUUAGUUCUGAAAGAAUAUCAUAGAUACUGUUCUGAUGCAAGGAAUAGUAGGAGGAAAAUAUAUAUCCUUGCAGAAAUGAAUAUAUCGCUAUUGUUUUCUCGCUAAAAGAAACUCAUCUCACCGCAACUACCUCUAGGUCAACUAAUUGCCAUAAUGGGAGGAUGUAUUUAUUUCGAGGUAUGUAUCAUGCAUGUAGAUAAUUAAAGAUAUUGGCAAUUACUAUGUGAACUCAAAAGAGAGUUUGCAUCAUCAAAACGAACGGCUUAUGUUGGUCAAUGGUAACUAGAUUUGAUCUCAAUUUUUUUAUUGGUAACUCCUAUUCUUUGCCAACUUGUUGCAGCUGCUACCUCUCUUUACCCUGCUAUAUAAGCAUACACUACUCACCAAGAUUUCAACUUCCACAGCAAAUCAUUAACAUAUUCUCAUCAGAAAGCAGCGAUGGAAAAGUCAUCGAAAUCCAGCGUCCUCCUAUAUGUUCUUGUUCUUGCGCUGGUCCUGUCUCCAAUACUCCCAUGUCAAGCAGCUAGUGUGCAUCUAGGAGGUGGAGGCCCUGGAGGCCGUAAGCUGAUGGCACCGUCACCACCAGUUCGCAUGUGUCCACAGUGUGUGUGUUGCGCACCGGCGCCCCCUGGAUAUUGCUGCCCAUGUCGCUGUCCUGGUGGUCCCUAAAGAUUGUGAACUUUGCUAUCAAACAUAAUACUGUGAAGUGUUUGAUAUAAUGUGUAAUAUUUAUAUGUAUAAAUAAGUAAACAAGAAGUGUACACUUUUUGUUUCUAAUAAGAAAUUUUCGAAUAUCCGCUGAUGAGUUUGAAAAUGUAUAUAAGUUGGUUUUGAAAGAAAACAGUUGGUUUUGGUGUU